CAAUCAAUAAAAUUCAACCGCCGUCGACCCGCGACGAACCAAAUGAAAUGCCGCGUCCAAGGAUCAAUAAUAACCUUUCCUUCCUGCUCCUCGGAUCUUGAGUUACGCAUGUACUGAGCUCAGCUCAGAUACGACUCGGGAAUCAGAGAUGGACCUUGCGAAGACCAAAUGGGACUUUCAUCGGUGCUCGCUUCCAUCCGAGGGCGUUUUGCUCGUGGAGUUUGACCGGGCACCAGUGAACGCCUUUCAUGACGAAAUGUGGACAGAGCUCCGACAUGUAAUGCAUCACGCUUCCUUAAAUCCUGGAGUCAGAUGUGUCGUGCUCGCCUCAAAACUGAACAAGGGCUUCACAGCUGGGCUAGAUAUCAAGGAUCAGCUGGCUGCAAUGCAGAAUUAUCCCAAGGAUCCCGGACGACAAGCUCUUGUCCUUCUUGAUCACUUGAGGGAUUUCCAAGAUGCCAUAUCAUCCCUGGCAGAGUGUAGAGCCCCGGUAAUCGCUGCCCUACACGGAAUCUGCUUUGGACUUGGUCUGGAUAUUGCGUCCGCAUGCGACAUCCGCCUAGCCGCGGAGAAUACAACAUUCAGGAUCGCCGAGGUCGACGUUGGCCUAGCAGCGGAUAUUGGUACGCUUCAGCGAUUUCCAAAGAUCAUAGGCAACGACUCGAAGGCUAGAGAGCUAGCUUUGACAGCCAGAUCAUUUGGAGCGCACGAAGCGAAGGAAUUUGGAUUCCUUAGCAAAGUGGUCAAGGGCGAUAGAGAAGCUGUGACGAAAGCUGCACUGGAGGUGGCCAAGCAGAUAGCUGAGAAGAGCCCGAUAGCGGUCCUGAGUACCAAGCACCUGAUGAAUCACGCUCGAGAUCAUUCGGUCCGAGAAGGAUUGGAAUAUACUCAAGCAUGGAACAUGGGCAUGCUGCAGACCGAGGAUGUGUCCAAUGCCAUGAAGGGAGUUCUCAGCAAGAAGCAAGCUCGAUUCGCACCUGUACCCUUAAUCCAACGUGUGAAAGCCAAGUUGUGAGCACGGUCAAAAUCGGCCCCAAGUUGUAUACAAUGCAAA